AUGUCCGAACAGUUUAUCGAAAUUGACAAGCUCCGGGUCGAGUUGUUAAAAAAUGUAGAUAGGAAGAUUCACACCCAACACAACCAUGACGAAGUCAGCAGCCAGGAGGUUUUAAUUCGUAUUGAGAAGGUGAUUCUAAAGAUAGUCACCAGUCUUUCGAAACAUGAAGCUCCAGUUUUGGUUCUACCCAACCGAUCCAGCUGGUCCAAUGUAAGUUUUGACAAGUCUGUUGGCCUUCAAAUGACUUUGGGAUGUUCUGUCACCAUGGUACGGAGCGACUGUUCCUCAACUGUCACUAAAUUUGGGCAAAUUCUCAAGAUUCUAUCUUCCAUCUACAAACUUGUGCAGAGCAACGCAUACGCUACAAAAAGGGACAUAUAUUACAACAACACGCAGCUUUUUGGCUCACAGAGGACUGUUGAUUCUAUUGUGGAUGACAUCUCCUGCAUGCUUAAGGUUCCACGGAGAAGACUACAUGUGCUGGCCACAUCCAAGGGCUUCAUCUCAGGUGAUCUGUGCUACCUGGAGGAGGAUGGCACCAGGGUGAACUGUCACUCCAGCUCCAGCGCUACUCCAGUCUCUUCUAAUGUCGUUGGAAUUACAAACAUUGUGUCAUCUGCAAAGUUUGUUUUGAUAGUGGAGAAGGACGCCACCUUCCAGAGGCUGCUAGACGAUGACAUUUGCAGCAAGCUAUCUCCCUGCAUCAUGAUCACAGGUAAAGGUGUCCCAGAUGUGAACAGCAGGCUGAUGGUGAGAAAGCUUUGGGAUACCCUCCACGUCCCCGUCUUCGCUCUAGUGGACGCUGACCCUCACGGCGUUGAGAUCAUGUCCAUCUAUAAGUACGGAUCAGUGGCCAUGUCGUUUGAGGCCCACAAUCUGACUGUCCCCAGCGUAAUGUGGCUGGGCCUCCUCCCCUCUGACCUCCAGAGAUUGAGAGUACCUGAGGAAUCUCUGAUUCCCCUCACUCAGAGAGACAAGAGUAAACUGACCAGCCUGCUGAAGAGACCCUACCUAGCCUGCCAGCCCAUCUGGUACAAAGAGAUAGAAAUCAUGCAACAGAGCGAGAUGAAAGCUGAAAUCCAGUCCCUGGCAUCCAUAGCUCCCGAUUUCCUCAGCCGUGUCUACCUGCCCAACAAGCUGCGAUACGGGGGCUGGAUAUGAUCACAGACUGCCCCACUGUGGUGGGGUGUGGGAAUUUAUUUCAUGUUUAUAUGGAUGCCGUACCGUUCCAGUGGAUUUAUUUGACUCACAGAGACAUGGGGAAAGAUUGCACAUGAAAUCUUCAUAUUAUUUAAUAUUUUUGAUUUAUUUAAAGAAUCAGUCUGGUCCAUAUGACAAAAUGUACCAAUUGACUGUGUCCAUGAUAGUAAUGUGUCACCAUAUGAUAAUGAUGAUACAGAAUGUACUGUCUGAAGUUUCAUUGGUCUCCUAGCAGUACUGCUUAGUUAUGUGGUAUGCAAUGCAGAUAUACUUUCUAUAGUAUCCUCAAACAAAUACUGAUAAUGUGCAUUCAGAUACUGUGGAAUACAGAC